UAUUCAGGCACCAAGCAUGCCAUCUGUGCCAUCGCAGAAACUCUCCACAAAGAAAUUUCACCUCUGGGCUUAUGUUCAAUCAUGCUCAAGCCUGGCAUGUUCUGCACAGCUGGUAUGAACCCAGGGAAACCCACCAUUGAAUACGUUAACCAUGUUGAAGACUACAAAACCAUAUUGGCACCUUGGGUAACUAGGUACAAAGCUGCUUAUAAUAACCAACCUGGGGAUCCAAAGAAGUUCGUGCAAUUGUUGAUUGACUACAUGAAACUAGAAGGGCCAUUCUCAAAGGAGCAGAGGGGAGACAAGGAGGUCCCUAUCAGUUUUCCCAUAGGACCAGAUGCAUACAUCUCUGUGACAAAGUGCUUGAGCAAGCAGCUCAAAAUGAUGGAGGAUUGGAAGGAUGUCAUUCAUAGCACUGACUUCUGA